AUGGCCCGCUCUUCCCGCCCUCCCCCCGAGGAGGACGAAGACGAGCAGCAGCCGUCAAACGUCCUGCAAUUCAGCGACGCCCUCUCAUGGAAGGCCGGCAAGCCCAUCCCCACGGGCACGCUCAUCACGCGCCUCAAGGCCCUCAGCAAGGAGCUCAUCGCGCUCGAGCAGGAGGCCGUCGACCGCGAGAGCCUGGCGACCCCCGCGCGCGAGCUCGUCAACGUCGGCCUGCUCCAGCACAAGGACCCCGGCGUGAAGGCCUAUGCGGCGUGUUGCCUGGCGGAUAUGCUCAGGCUGCAUGCGCCGGAUGCGCCCUACACGGCGGUACAGUUGAAGGAUAUAUUCGAGCUGUUUGUGAGGCAGCUGCGCGGGCUGGCGGACCCGGAGACGCCCUACUACCAGCAGCACCUGUACCUCCUCGAGUCGCUGGCGUCCGUAAAGUCCGUCGUGCUCAUCUCGGACAUCCCAAACAGCGAGGCGAUCACGCUCAAGAUCUUUACAAACUUCUUCGACCUCGCGCGCCCCGACGGGCCCAAGAACGUCGAGUACCAGAUGACCGACAUCCUGGUGCAGCUCAUCGAGGAGUGCAACUCCCUGCCGUCCGAGGUUGUCGAUAUCAUUGUCGCGCAGUUCUUCCGCGCGAACCCGGCCGCGCUCGCCGCCAUCACGGCCCGCGGGAAGCCGGCGGUGAAGGAGAUGAAGGGCAAGAAGGACGACGGACAGACAAAGCUGAUUGCGCCGGUGCCGCCCCCGGCCUAUAACAUGGCGAAGGCGAUCUGCAACCAGUGCGUCGACAAGAUGGCGCGGCAGAUCUGCCAGUACUUUUCCGAGGUCAUCAUGGACGCCUCGCCGUCCUCGCGCCCGCGCAAGGGCGGCCGCCACACAUCAAUGAGCCCCGACUCGGACUCGGACGACCCGGCGCUGCACGAGCCGUCGCACGAGGACCUCCAGGAGCUGCACAAAGCCCACCUGCUCGUCAAGGAGCUGUGGAAGGCCUGCCCGGCCGUGCUGCAGAACGUCAUCCCGCAGCUCGAGCAGGAGCUCAUGGCCGAGAACGCCGAGAUCCGCGUCCUGAGCACCGAGACCAUCGGCGACAUGGCCCUGACCGGCGCAUUCGGCGCUAGCGCGCCCGCGACGUGGAAGGCGUGGAUCGGCCGCGCAAACGACAAGAGCAGCGCCGUCCGCGCGAAGUGGGUCGAGGCUGCCGUGCGCAUCAUGAAGGAGCGCAACGACUACAUGGCCGUGCAGCUCGUCGACUUGGUCGCCGUGAAGCUGAACGACCUGGACGACCGCGUGCGGCUGUCUGCCUGCGUGUCCCUCGGCGAGCUCGACUACGCAAGUAUCACCACAAAGCUCGGCGCGGACCUGUCGCCGUUCAACACAUAUAAUCCUGAGCUAGCCUCGGGCGCGCCGGUGGCCGCCGCCACCGCCGGCCGCGGCAGCGGCAAGGGCAAGAGCGCCGAUGGCGGCAGCGGCGACGGGAAGGGCUGGGGAAAGAGGAUACUGCACCAUCUGGGCGAGCGCGUGCGGGAUAAGAAGUUCAGCGUGCGCUGGGAGGGCAUGUUUUGCCUUGCGCGCAUCUGGAACAUGGCGUACGCGGACAUUGCGGCGGGGAACGAGAUUGUCACGGCGCAGCUGGGGUGGAUCCCGAGUAAGAUCCUCGACACGUUCUACAUCAACGAUGCGGAGGUCAAUGUGCUGCUGGACCAUGUGCUGUUUGGCGUGCUGCUGCCCGUCAACUAUCCGCCCAUCGAGAAGGAGAAGCAGCUACAGCAGCAGCAUGCAGCGGCGGCGGCGGAGAAUGGAGGGCGAAAGGGGAAGGAGAAGGAGGCGGAGAAGGAGCGCGAGAGGGAGAUUGCGGAGGGGGAUAAGAUCCGUGUCAUGCGGCUGCUGGUGCUGGUGAAGGGCCUCGACGUGAAGGCGAAGAAGGCGCUGUUUGCGGUCCCGCUGAGGCAGAUCAGUUAUGCGAAGGUUAUGGACGUCUUUUUGAAGAGCUGCGAGGAUUAUAAUGGCGGCGUAAUGGACAAAGACGUGGAGGAAGAGGGCGUCAAGCGCGCGCUCAACAAGUUCAUAGAAUGGCUCUCGCAGAAGCUCCCCGACACGCCCAAGGCCAAAGAAAACCUACUCAAGUUCGCCAAGCUGCACGACCGCCGCUGCUACCAGCUCAUCCGCUUCUGCUUCUCGCCCGACUCGGACUACCGCACGGUCGUGAAAGCGCUCAAAGAGAUCAAGAAGCGCAUCUCCGAGGCCCCCGGCACCGCGCCCACAAUAAUGGAGACCCUCACCCCGCUCCUCUACCGCGUCUCCCAGCUCAUCUACAACAAGUCGCACGUGCCACACAUUGUCGAGUUCUCACGCACCGACGAGGCCUCGCUCGCCGCCGUCGCCCACGAGGUCCUCAAGGAAAUGUCCUCCUCCAACCCCGCCGUCUUCAAGGCCAACGUCAAAGCCCUCUCCGACCUCCUGCAGGAGCAGUCCUCCGCGCGCACGCCCGCCGACUCGGCCGGCGCCGUCGACACGCUCAAGGCCUGCGCGGGCUUCGCAAAGAGCUACCCGGCCGACAUGCCGCAGGAGCGCAAGCUCCUGCAGGCCCUCGUCGGCUUCGCGCUCACGGGGCAGCCGCCCGCGGCCGCAAAGCACGCCGUCAGCAUCCUGAUGUACUCGGCGAAGCGGCGCGAGAUGUAUGCGGCGGACCUGAUCCGGCGGUGCGUCCGCGACUUUGCGUUUGGCGGGGAGCACUUUCUGGCGAGGCUGGCGUGCCUGAGCCAGCUGGUGCUGCUGGCGCCGCAGCAGUGCGAGGAGGAGAAUGACGCCAUUAUGGAUAUUGCGAAGGAUGUGCUGCUGAAGGUGCGCGCGCCGGCGGGCGAGGAGGAGCGCGGGGAGGAGGCCGUGUGGGUUGGUGAGGAGGCCGUGGACGAUGAGUGUCGGGCUAAGAUGCUGGCGCUGCGCAUCACGGUGAAUCGGCUGCGGGCGCAUGUCGCGCAGCUGGAGAGCGUGGAGGAGGUGGAUGAGUUUCGGAGGACGAAGGUGCCGGAGGCGGUGCUGAAGAUGUUGAUGCAGUUGGUGGUGAAGGAGGGGGAGCUGAGUAUUGAUGAGGAUACGCCCCGCGCGCACAAAUCCCGCCUGCGCCUCUCCGCCGCGCUCUCGAUCCUCAAACUCGCCUCGAGCAAGAUCUACGACGACCUCAUCACGCCCACGGACUUCAACCGCCUCGCCUGCGUCAUCCAAGACCACUGCACCGAGGUGCGCGCGCGCUUCGUCGACAAGGUCAAGAAGUACCUGGCCUCGUCGCGGCUGGGCAACCGCUUCUACACAAUCAUCUUCCUCAUGGCCUACGAGCCCGUGCCCGAGAUGCGCGAGGCCGCCGUCACGUGGGUCAAAGCCCGGACGGCGAGCAUGCGCAAGGCGAAUGCGGCGGGCAAUGUCAUGGAGGCGGUGUUUGCGAGGUUGUUGAGCCUGCUGGCGCAUCAUCCGGAUUUUGGCACGCAGGUGGAGGAUUUGGCGGAUUUUGCAAAAUACAUCCUCUUCUACCUCACGGCUGUCGCGAGCGAGGAGAACGUCAGCCUCAUCUACCAUGUCGCCCAGCGCGUCAAGCAGUUCCGCGACGGGCUGAGUCCGAAUAACAGCGAGAACCUCUACUACCUCUCCGAACUCGCCCAAGCCGUAAUCCGCCGCUACGCCGAGCACCACCACUGGACGAUCCAAACCUGGCCCGGCAAGAUCCGCCUCCCCGCAGGCCUGUUCAUGCCCAUGCAGAGCGCCGAGCAGUCGCUCGAGGUCAGCCGCAACACCUACCUCCCCGAAGAAAUCGAGCUGCGCCUCGACGCCCUCAUCAAGCCCAAGAGCGCGCGCCACGGCGGCGGCGGCGGCGGCGGCGGCGGCAAGAAGCGCAAGAGCGACCCCAGCGCCGGCGGCGCCUCCCGCGGCACCGGCACCCCCGCCAAGAAAAAAUACAAAGCCGCUGCCGCCGCCACCCCCGGCGCUGCCGCAGGCGAGAGCGCGGAGAAGCGGAAGGUUGGGAGGCCGCCGAAGACGCCGAAGAUGGCUGUGUCGGACGCGGACCGGAGGAGGAGUGGGCGGUCGACGACGAAGGUCAAGUAUGUGGAGAGCGGGCCGAGCGACGACGACGACGACGACGAGGAGUCUGUGGCGCCCGUUAGCGACGAGGAUAGCGAUGUGGAGAUGGAGGAUGCGGGGAGCGACGGCGACGGCGCGGCGGACGACGAGGAGGAGGAGGAGGAGGAGGAGGAGGAGGAUGCGGCGGUGGCGGUGGCGAGGAAGGAGAAGCCGGCGCCGGCGAAGCGCGGGAGGAAGCCGAGGGGCGAGAGGGUGCUGGAUGAGGAGGAGGAGGAGGAGCUGGCGGCGAGUGCUGCGCCGGUGAGGGGGAAGAAGGCGAAAGCGGCGCCUGUGGCAGUUGAACCGAUGCAGGAAGAUGCGCCGGAGCCCGAGAAAGAAGCAGAGAAGGAGGCAGAGCCAGAGGCCGAGAAGGAGGAAGAGGCCGAUGCGCCGGCGCCCGCGUCGCCGCCAAAGAAGAUCACGCCGAUGAAGCGCGGGCGGGGGCGGCCAAAGCGCGGUGGUGCCGCCGCGGCAUCGUCGCCGGAGCCCACAGCGAUCGUAGUGGUUGCGGAGCGGAAACCGGCGAGGGGGGCGCGCAAGACGAGGGCGUCGGGAACUGGGGCUGGGUCGGGGACGGUGACGGUGGCGGCGGCGGCGGUGGCGGUGGCGGUUAAUGGCACGAACGGGAGUGCGGCGAGGGGCGCGGCGGCGGUGGAGCAUGAGGAUAGUAGUGAGCUUUCGGAGCCGCCGAGUGAUGGGGAGUAA